CCCACCCAACCCAACCCAACCCCCCCACCCAUAUAUAGAUAUAUAUAAAUCGGAGAUGGCCUCCGCCGGUGACCCCAGCGCCGCCGCCGCCGCAGCCGGUAAUAUCUUCAACGAAGACGAAGACCUACUAGAAGACGACGAUGACGACGAGAGUUCCGAUCACGACGAAGACGAUUCCGCCUCCUCUGCCGCCCUGGCCGUUGAUCGGCCUCCUCCGUCGACGUCUGCUGCUCAAGUGACGAUCGCCGUGCCUGGUAUCCCCGAUCCCCUUCUGAUUACGAAGCAGCAGCAACAACAGGAAACCAUGAUUACGAAGAAACCAGCGGCGCUGCCCGACGAGUCCCGGAAGCUCUUCCAGCGUCUAUGGACCGAUGAGGACGAAAUUGAGCUCUUGCAGGGAUUCCUUGACUACACAACCCAGCGCUGCGGGCCCCACAAUUCCUCCCAGCAGCACCACCACGAUACGACAGCUUUCUAUGACCAGAUCAAGAGUAAAUUCCAGCUUGAUUUCAACAAAAACCAGCUUGUCGAGAAGCUCCGGAGGCUGAAGAAGAAGUACCGGAAUGUGAUUAACAAAUUUGGCUCCGGGAAAGAUUACACCUUCAAGAGCCCCCAUGAUCAGGCCACUUUCGAAAUCUCUUCCAAAAUCUGGGGUAGCGCUGCUGUCAACGGCUCCUCCGCCUUUCGUGCUGCUCCUGCGGCUAUCGAAGAGGACGAUGACGACCUCAACACCCCCAAUUUCGCCGAUUGUCAAAGCCCUAACCCUAAUGGAAUUGAUGUAAAUAGCAAAACCCCGCGCCCCAGGAAGAGGAACCGAGCCGGAGUGGUAAAACUCGAGGACAAACCGCAUCAUGCCCCAGUCAAUAGUAAUAUCAAUAACAAUCAGUCGCCAGCAGUGGUGACGCCAAUGGCUGCUCCGGUGGUGGGCGCGGGGAUAACGGGAUCCCUGUCAACUGUAAUUGAGGAGACUGUGAAGAGUUGUUUGUCACCGAUUUUCAAGGAGUUGUUGAGCAAUUCGCUGAAUUCCAAUCUGAAUCCCAGUGGGCCAUGCUGUGGACAUGGGUUUGGAUUGGCAAGAAGUCCAAUACCGUUGUGUUUUGCCGGAGCCACAGUGGGUGGGGAUAGACAGACCAAUGACAGGUGGAGGAAGCAACAGAUAUUGGAAUUGGAGGUGUUCUCUAAGCGUUUGGAAUUGGUGCAGGAUCAGAUUAGAGAGCAAUUGCAGGAGCUUAGGUCCAUGGGUAAUUGAUUGACAACUUUCUUUGGCAAUCCUGCUAGACUAUGAUUGGUGAAUAAAUGACUUGAGAUUGUUCAGCCCUUUGAUGGCUUGCAGACAUAUCUUCAGAUUAAUGCUGGAUAAUUUGACAUAUACAUUGGGAUCUACUAGUUCUGGCUCUGGCGUUUGGGCCUGCUAAUUAAUAGCUUUAAGGUAUAAGUGUAGCUACUUAGUGAAACAAUUUCCUAUGAUGGCAAGUAGGAAAGUCAAGAUUUAGAAUCUUGUGAUGCUAAAUAAGUAAUUGUUUUUGAUGGCUUGUCUUCAUAACAGGGAUUGCAAUGUGUAUGUUUUCUAUUUCUUCCCUCAUUAUGAUCCGCCGCCCAUCACUUCUACAAUUGGAAGCAAAGGUCUCUGUGUUUAGUCCGAAGUUUCCAGGGCCUGGUCUUGUACUCUCUUCCAUGGUGUAAACAUUGUGUGGAUGCUCAUUAGUGAACCCUUUGACCUGUAAAAUGGAGAAUUAGUUAGUGUUUUGUGUGAGUGAUAUUAGGAUCAUGCUACUAAUAUUUAUCUUUGUUCUAUAUAGGGCUUAAAAUGUCAUAACAGAACAUAAAAUCACCUUAUGUUGUACUGGAUCUGAAUUGCUGAAUGAACUUGGAACAGAGGUAGCCUAUGUGAA